GGGGUUCCCCGCAGCUGCACACACAACUAACCACUCUAUUUAAGAAGCCGCAGUUAUCCUCCGAAGUCCUAUCCAGUUACAUUUCCUUCUCUCCCUCUUUUUUUGCUUUUGUUCUUUGUGAAGUGAAAUGGCUCAAGAAGAAGAAGUGAUAUUGUUGAGCUCCUGGCCGAGCAUGUUUGGGAUGAGGGUGGGAAUUGCUCUGGCCGAGAAGGAGGUCAAGUAUGAGUACAGAGAAGAGGACCUCAGGAACAAGAGCGAGCUGCUUCUGAAGAUGAACCCGGUUCACAAGAAGAUCCCGGUUCUCAUCCACAACGGCAAGCCGGUCUGCGAAUCAAACAUCGCAGUGGAGUAUAUUGACGAGGUUUGGAAGGACAAAGCCCCUUUGCUCCCGUCCGAUCCUUACCAGAAAUCCCAGGCUAAAUUCUGGGCCGACUACGUUGACAAGAAGGUUUAUGAAACUAGUAAGAAAACAUGGACUUUAAAAGGAGAAGAACAAGAGGCUGGAAAGAAGGAGUUUAUAGAAGUCCUAAAGGUGUUAGAAGGUGAACUGGGAGAGAAGCCAUACUUUGGGGGUGAAAAGUUUGGAUUUGUGGAUAUUUCCCUCAUUGGAUUCUACAGCUGGUUUAAUGUGUUUGAGAGCUUUGGCAAUUUCAGCAUAGAAGCUGAGUGUCCCAAGUUGAUUGGUUGGGCUAAAAGGUGCAUGGAGAGGGAGAGUGUCUCCAAGUCUCUUCCUGACCCUCACAAGCUUACCCAGACAGUGAAGCAUUGGUUGGGCAUUGCUUAAUCAUUACUCAUUAACUAAUAUUUCAUCAAUAAAUCUAUGUGCUCGAUGUAUUUUCUUGGGCACAAAUCCAAUCCUAGGUAAUUUAAAUUGUUGUGCAUCUAUUUGAUGUUUGUGUGUUUGUUUUGAAGAAGUUUAUGUUGUUGGUGUUCAAGUGUUUUAUGUGUACUAAAGACACUUGAGUGUGUCUGCUAAAUCGUGUUGGAUUGGAAAUAAUGUUGGUUCUAUUUAUUAUUGAUUACUUAACGUUGUCUUUGAAUAUUUAAAUGAUUCCAUCUUUUUCCUCAUACUAUAAGUAGUACGGAGUACUAUGUACUCCUUAAAAAAUGGCAUAAUUAAAUAGGAUUAAAA